ACAGCCUGCAGGCUGGAUUGAGUCGCGGGAGGCUGCUAGGUCCCUGCCUGGCGCUCUCCGGGUGUGUCCAUUGAACUGCGGUGGACUGGUCCCCAGCGCGGGAACCCAAGAGCCACUGCCCGAAGCUUAGCCCCCGCUGGCUGGCUCUUAGGCUAGCCAGAACCUGGAGGGCAGGACGGAACCUCUCCUGUCCACACCCAUCACCUGAGGAUGGCAGGACCAGGCGCGGCAUAGCAGCGGGAGAAGCCCAGAGACCCGCUCGUCCAGUUUGUUCACGAGGCACCAGGCGGUUGGACUUCACCUUCCGGACGGCUCGGAGCCCCAGGAAGAACCGAACCAAACUCAGCCAGGCAGACCGACUUAGGCUCAGGCCGGUAUUCUGCGAGGGGUGGGGGGCAGGGGACAGACAGACUUGAAAUCCUGCUGGGUGUGCGAGCCUGCGAGCUGUGCCUCAGGGCAUCCCGCACACCCUCGGUCUGGUGUGCGGACCCUCCUCGGGGGACGAGGGAGUGGCAGCCACCGGACUGAAGGAAAGCGAGGGACACCUCACACAAAGUGACGCCCCCAUCAGGUCCGGAUUCGGAAUUGGAAGCAGCCAGAAAUCCGGACCUCCCCGGGUCUGCUCCGCACACCCCGCAGCCCCCGCCCGGAGCCCCGACUCUUCGGCUAGUCCUCCCCAACCCCCUCCCGGGGCGCCCCGUCGGCUGCGGGCUUCCUCCUGCAGACCUGCCCGCGCACAUGAAGCCGCUGCCCCCGCCGCAGGCGCCGGCGCCCCCCUCGCGGUGCUCGUGGUGAUGCCAUGCCCCGCCACCACGCGGGAGGAGAGGAGGGCGGUGCCGCCGGGCUCUGGGUGAGGAGCGGCGCGGCGGCGGCGGCGGCAGCGGCAGCGGCGGGUGGGGGGCGCCCGGGCAGCGGCAUGAAGGAUGUGGAGUCCGGCCGCGGCAGGGUGCUGCUGAACUCGGCGGCCGCCAGGGGCGACGGCCUGCUGCUGCUUGGCACCCGCGCGGCGGCGCUCGGCGGAGGCGGCGGCGGCUUGAGAGAGAGCCGCCGGGGCAAGCAGGGGGCCCGGAUGAGCCUGCUGGGGAAGCCGCUCUCCUACACCAGCAGCCAGAGCUGUCGGCGCAACGUCAAGUACCGGCGGGUGCAGAACUAUCUGUACAACGUGCUGGAGAGACCCCGCGGCUGGGCGUUCGUCUACCACGCGUUCGUUUUUCUCCUUGUGUUUGGUUGCUUGAUUUUGUCAGUGUUUUCUACCAUCCCUGAGCACACAAAAUUGGCUUCAAGUUGCCUCUUAAUUCUGGAGUUCGUGAUGAUCGUUGUCUUUGGCUUGGAGUUCAUCAUUCGAAUCUGGUCUGCAGGUUGCUGUUGUCGUUAUAGAGGAUGGCAAGGAAGACUAAGGUUUGCUCGAAAGCCUUUCUGUGUUAUAGAUACCAUUGUUCUCAUCGCUUCAAUAGCAGUUGUCUCUGCAAAAACUCAGGGUAAUAUUUUCGCCACGUCAGCGCUCAGAAGUCUCCGGUUCCUACAGAUCCUGCGUAUGGUGCGCAUGGACAGAAGGGGAGGGACCUGGAAGUUGCUGGGCUCCGUGGUUUAUGCUCACAGCAAGGAAUUAAUCACAGCCUGGUACAUUGGAUUUCUGGUUCUUAUUUUUUCAUCUUUCCUUGUCUAUCUGGUGGAAAAAGAUGCCAAUAAAGAGUUUUCAACAUACGCGGAUGCUCUCUGGUGGGGCACAAUUACACUGACAACCAUUGGCUAUGGAGACAAAACACCCCUAACUUGGCUGGGAAGAUUGCUCUCUGCAGGCUUCGCGCUCCUUGGCAUUUCUUUCUUUGCACUUCCUGCUGGCAUUCUUGGCUCAGGUUUUGCAUUAAAAGUGCAGGAACAGCACCGCCAGAAGCAUUUUGAGAAAAGAAGGAACCCAGCUGCCAACCUCAUCCAGUGCGUCUGGCGUAGUUAUGCAGCUGAUGAAAAAUCUGUUUCCAUUGCAACCUGGAAGCCACAUCUGAAGGCCUUGCACACCUGCAGCCCGACCAAGAAAGAACAAGGGGAGGCAUCAAGCAGUAAGUUCUGUAGUAAUAAGCAGAAGUUCUUCAGAAUGUACACCUCACGGAAGCAGAGUCAGAAGCUGAGCUUUAAGGAGCGAGUGCGCAUGGCUAGCCCAAGGGGCCAGAGCAUUAAGAGCAGACAAGCAUCAGUAGGUGACAGGAGAUCUCCGAGCACUGACAUCACUGCCGAGGGCAGCCCCACCAAAGUCCAGAAGAGCUGGAGCUUCAACGACCGAACCCGCUUCAGGCCCUCACUACGUCUCAAGAGUUCCCAGCCAAAGCCAGUGAUAGACGCCGACACAGCCCUUGGCAUUGACGAUGUAUAUGAUGAGAAAGGAUGCCAAUGUGACGUGUCUGUGGAGGACCUCACCCCACCACUUAAAACUGUCAUCCGAGCAAUCAGAAUCAUGAAGUUUCAUGUUGCAAAGCGGAAGUUUAAGGAAACAUUACGCCCAUAUGAUGUAAAAGAUGUCAUUGAACAAUACUCUGCUGGCCAUCUGGACAUGCUGUGUAGAAUUAAAAGCCUUCAAACACGCGUUGAUCAGAUUCUUGGAAAAGGACAAAUCACAUCGGAUAAAAAGAGCCGAGAGAAAAUAACAGCAGAACAUGAGACAACGGAUGACCUCAGCAUGCUCGGCCGGGUUGUGAAGGUUGAAAAGCAGGUCCAGUCCAUCGAAUCCAAGCUGGACUGCUUGCUGGAUAUCUACCAACAGGUCCUCCGGAAAGGCUCUGCCUCAGCCCUCACCCUGGCAUCCUUUCAGAUCCCGCCUUUUGAAUGUGAACAGACCUCUGACUAUCAAAGUCCUGUGGAUAGCAAAGACCUGUCUAGCUCCGCGCAAAACAGUGGUUGCUUAACGAGGUCAGCCAGUGCCAACAUCUCAAGAGGCCUGCAGUUCAUCCUAACGCCAAAUGAGUUCAGCGCUCAGACGUUUUAUGCGCUUAGCCCUACUAUGCACAGCCAAGCUACACAGGUGCCAAUGAGUCAAAACGACAGCUCCUCCGUGGUGGCCACCAAUAACAUUGCAAACCAAAUAAGCGUCGCACCCAAGCCAACAGCCCCAACAACUUUACAGAUCCCACCUCCUCUCUCAGCCAUCAAGCACCUGUCCAGGCCAGAACCUCUGCUCUCAAACCCCGCUGGCUUACAAGAGAGUAUUUCUGAUGUCACCACCUGCCUUGUUGCCUCCAAGGAAAGUGUUCCGUUUGCACAGUCAAACCUGACCAAGGACCGUUCGCUGAGGAAAAGUUUCGACAUGGGAGGGGAAACUUUGUUGUCCGUCCGCCCCAUGGUGCCCAAGGACUUGGGCAAAUCUCUGUCUGUACAAAACCUGAUCAGGUCGACAGAAGAACUGAACUUACAGUUUUCAGGCAGUGAGUCAAGUGGCUCUCGAGGCAGCCAAGAUUUUUAUCCCAAGUGGAGAGAAUCCAAAUUGUUUAUAACUGAUGAGGAGGUCGGUGCGGAGGAGACAGAAACAGAUACGUUCGACGGCACCCCACCGCCUGCGGGGGAAGCUGCUUUCUCAUCAGACUCUCUAAGGACUGGAAGGUCACGGUCAUCUCAGAACAUUUGUAAGACGGGAGACAGUACAGACGCCCUCAGUUUGCCUCACGUCAAACUGAACUAAGUUCUUUGUUUCCUUUCUAAGCAUAGCUGUUCUUUUAGCCAUACAUAUCACUGCAUGAAGUACUCUGGAAGCCCGUCUAAAGAGUUGAAAUCGUGCCAAGAGUCAGGAAGAACGAGAAAGGCCAUUUAUAAGCCCGUUAUCUUUUAAUUGCAUGAAAAUGCAUGUUUAGGGGUGGCAGAAAUCCCAAGGUACAUCAACAUUAACCCAUGCAUUUAAUAACGUACCUUGAGUCUAAAAUCCCGAGCCAACAGUCGCUGCUGAUGCUAUGGGGUAUGUGAAGAUGCCGGGAUAUUAGUUCAAUUGCAAGAGUUGAUGCUGUAUUUUGAAAUUGUGAGAGUAAACACCUUCAAAUUUCAGGCAUUUCUGCUUUAUGACUAGAUACAAAGUACAUUUUCAAAAUUAGGCCAUAAUGUAUGUUUAGACACAAUGGCUAUCAACAGCUGCUAAUAACACAAGUAAAGAGCAGAAUUUGGAAUAUAACCAAAAUGGCUGCUUAUUUCAAGAACCCUUUGCCAGCCGGUUCCUCCUAAGUCAUUUCAUCAAUGUCAUUUGAAUGUCAAUCUGUGUGCUUCUGGUGACUUAGCCCUGUGGCCAGCAAUUUUGCACAUUGUUUUCAUGUUGUCCUUUAUGCUGAGAAUGUUUUCCAAUUAGAAAAUGGCCAGAUAAUAUUAUUGAGGGCCAGUGGGGGAGGAGACUUCCUCUUCCUGCGGCAUCUUCCUCUUCAUGACAACAUAGUCUCUAAUGGAAGAGUCAACUCUGAAAAUGGUCAGCCUCUUUACAAGCAGAUGAAAUACUGGUGGAUUUAACAGCCUGUGCAACUGGGCUGCUCUCUGUGAGGAUACAACUACAGGUUUGCCCAUCCUGUCCCCUCCAGUGACUAGGGUGACGAGCAAUUCCCAUUUAGCAGAUAUAGAGGUGUAGGGCCUGGGGAAGGGGCUACCUACUUGAGGUUUGUGGGAAACAACUUGGAAAGACUCCACAGUUACCACAAGUGGGUGACACUAAAGGAAGUGCAUCCCCACCCCCAAUGGGCAAGGAGGAAAGGAGCCCAAAUGAAAUAACUAGAUUUUCUUAGAAAAAUUAAAUAUUGCUAGGAAAUCCAACUACCUAAACAUCCCUUAUUCUUGUAUAACAGAGAAUUUUGCAAGCUAUUUAUUUUUAAUAUACCCUGAGUGUCUUUUGCUAUUAUGUAGCACAUUUUGCAUUUGAAAGGCUAAAAUGAAACUUCCUUUACUUUUAUACUAUAGUGAACAUUUUUCUAUUCUUCCUAACAAUACUAUCCCAAAUGUGAAACUAUCGGCUCAGUUUCCAGGUUAUGAACAUUUAUAACUGCAAACCACAUAGCACUGGAUAGGUCUGCAGAUCAAAACUCUUUAGUCAUGUAUUAUGAUGGAAAAGAAACAAAUAAAAAAGUAUUUAUUAAAAAUAUUAUCUCCCAAAAGGCAAGCAAUACUGGCUGCUUGUUAGAAUUCAGCCCCACACCUGUACUCAUAGAGAUGGGGAACCUAAGACAGAGGAUUAUGAGUUCAAGGCUAGCCUGGUUCAUACAGCAAGAGUGGGGGGGCACUAAGGAAAGAUCUAUAACUGCCAUUUAAAUUAUUUAAGCUUUAACUAAAAGAUUUCUGAAAGAAGUUUCUUUUUCUGUUUGUACUGGGGAGUCUAGUGGGGGUGGGGAGGCCUUUUUUAGCCUUUUUAACAUCCCAGCCAAAUGAGCAGAAUCUAGGGAUGUCAAGUGGUUGGUGGAAGGAAGGAAGCCUCUAAACCCACCAGCUUCUCCCCCAGCAGAAUGCUGUCCCUGAACGAUUGCCCUUACUUUUUCUUCCCCUAACUGGGGACUCCACACCACAGUUUUGCUUUAGAACUUCACCAGGCUUUAGCCAGCAUUGACCCUCAAGCAAAGCGAUUCUCUCUUCCUCUGUUCCCUCCAAUCUUUAAGUCACGUUGUCAUUUAGAGUCUUCCUCUCUCUUUCCCUUCAAGGAUGCAUGCAGGGUAUAGUCGAGCACACCUCUAAUCCCAGGACUUGAGAGGCAAAGUCAGGUGGAUCUUUGUGAGUUUAAGGCCAGUCUGGUCUACAAGGUGUGUUCCAGGCCAGCCAGGUGACAGAGAGACCUUGUCUCAAAAAAGUCUGAAAAAAAGACAAACAAAAACUUUCUUGGACUCUUAAUACGGUCUCUUAGAGAGUAGCAUUCAGGAUCUUCUGACCUUUGACAACAUCUAUAAAGUCUGAAUUUUAUACUCCAUUGAAAUGUUUCUCAAGCCUGUAAAGCUAUUCUUUUCAUUUUACAAACAUAAUGCUACUCAAUUAUUAAUACAAAGUUUUAUUUACCUUUGUCUCCAACCAACCUGAAUGAUGUACCCUCCAAAGGACAUCAUACACGUGUGUGUAUAUACACAACACAUCCCUCACCAUUGAGCAAAAGCCACAGAUACCUGCCCGGCACUGAACAAGGCUCACUCCAAAUACGGGCUGAGGAAGAGGAGGGAGCUGACAGCUUCCAGACAGCACCGAUCCUGUCUCAGGGUGAACCCCACUGGCAGCAAGAAUUGUGAAUGUAUCAGGGACCUCUUCUUAGGCAUCCUCGGGCCUCAAACACAGUACAGUUCAUCUAACAUAGCUGAAGUCUGAAGAUUCAGAGAAAAAGCCUAAACGUGUCCCUACAGUCUUAAACAUAGCAAAAAUGUGAAAAAUGACAUUGAGAAUAAUGUCUGGACAUUGAAGCCAUGACCACUUUGUGUCUGUUUUAUUCUAGCACAAAAACUGCUGGACGUUGGUAGGUUUUGGGUGUGUACAUUUCAGGGCUAUGUCUAUUAUGCCAUGCUCUGGGGGAACAGAAGAGAGUGUCUCCCAUUUACGCUUAGCAGAGGCCCAUUGCUCCACCCCAAAGGGUGGAGGGGGUAGGGAAAGAGGAGCUCAGUUUAGCUGAGCACACUGAAUAACCCUGUGCUUUCUCAGCUCAAACCCAUCUGCCCUCUGCAAACCGCAGGGUUGGUGGAGCUCACAUAGAACAGCACUCAUCCCGUGCAGGAGGUUGCCUAAAACAUUUUUUGCCAUAUCUAAUCUAAAUGUUUGCAUUUUGUUGAACCAAAUUAAUAUCUGUUGAUGGCAAAUUCAUUUAAUAAGAGCUUUAUUUGGUUUUCUAAGUACUUAACUCGGGUUCUUAGGUGCCUUUCUGACCUGCCAUUGGCUCAGCCUUUUGGUGUUUUGUUUUGUUUUUUUCUGGAAGGUUCUUAAUAUGAAAAUCAAACAAGCCUAAUAAAGGAGUUGAGGCACACACUAGCUAAAUAUCAUACCCAUUUCCAGAGCAAAACUAUAAAGAAUGAUGAACCCCAGGCAGACAGAUGAUCCAGUCAGAUCAAGGGAAUAUCAUAGAUGCUAAUUCCCCAGAACCCGAUUUUUUUUUUUUUUUGGUCUUAAAUGACAUGGUUGUGUUUUUGUAAGGAAAAUUUAAUUUAAUAUAAUUAUGUGCAUUUAACUGAGCAGUUCCAAAAGUCAUGUACGAAAACAAUGCAAUUGUCUGUUUCCUGAAAAACAACUAAAUCAGGAAUAUCAUCCCCAUUUCAAGCUAUCGUUAAAAUGUAAUUUCCUUUGCUCUUUUACCAAGAUGAUUUGUUUUAAACUAAAACAUUAAAAAGAUGUCUAUAAACA